AUGAGACGCGCAGAAGCAAAAGGACGAGAUGCGAUGCAGAGGCAAGUUGAGCUUUAUCAUGAUCCUUCGGACGCUGCCAAGUUCAACUUGGUAGCGGAGCUCAUGAGUUGCUCCUGGGCCAGUGGUUUCGGAUGCCGCUUCUUCCUUUGUGUGCUCUCGGUCAUGACUGCAAUCUUCACCGUUUUGUAUGUGGAAGGAAGCAGACCGUUAGAGCUGGAUGGACAAGCGGAAUCGGAAGCCAGCGCAAGCAAUACUCCGAUCUUUGACUUGGAUGAGCGUCGUUAUGAGGGAUCUGCAGAAUCCAUUGUGAAUUCAGUGAUUUCAACAUCAAUGAAAGCCCAAGGCGAGCUCAGGAAUCUGGAGUCGAACAUUCGCCUCGAACAUACGCUGCAACGUCUGACACACGUUCUUGAUGAACUGGACGAACAGCUGGAAGGACGCGAACUGUCGACUCUGGACGAUGAUCCAUAUGCCAGGCUCGUCGAUCAAAAUGCCGAGGGACUCUUUCGUGUCUCAGGCUCUUCUGGAGCCGAGGAUACGGGAGUGCACGCCCGCAGUUUGGUCGUCGAGCCGCCUCACGACGAGUUGACUCUGGACACGAGCGUGACGACGACGACCACGGACGACUCGCAGGACCGAAGCAUCGGCCUCAGGCAAACGCCACGGAGGAAAGAAGCGAGGCGGCUGAAGUCGAGUCGGCGGAACGGAAAGCAGUACUUCUCCAUUGCAAAGCUUGUUGGAGCUAUUGCAGCCAUGCAGAUCACUGGUUCCGCCAAGGAAUUGGUGAGAGAGAUACCUCCAGAACAUCUGGCACAGGGAGCCUGGGAUCAGCAAACGGGUCAGCAUAUUACCGGUUUGAUGCUUCUUGUCACAACAUUAGCUCGUCGUUACUCACCGUUGGACGGUGAGGCUCAGACUAGAGCGGUGUCUGAUUUCUUGAAUUUCAACCGGUUGCCAGGCGAGAGUAUAGAUGCCUUCCUUGUACGAUUUGAUGUCUUAAGAAAUCGUGCCGCAGUGCGCGGUGGUUUAGGCGUGAAUCAUCAGGGCUUGGCUUGGUUGCUUCUCAAAGCCGUCGGCGUGAGUGUUGAUCAGCUUGAUCGUCUGUUGCAGCCCUUGAAUGGUAAUUUGCCGCAAGACGAAGCGCAGCUUGCACAGCUGUUGGAAAGGAUCAGGCGACAAGGUCAUUUGUUCGAAGGUUCGUAUCGUCAUCCGAACCAACAGGCUGGAGUUGGUGAUCCUGGUGCAUACAACUACUUCCCCACUUUCGGUGUUCCGAGAGAUCAUGCAGCUCACGAUGUGCCAGCAGACCUCAGUGGCGGGCUUGGUGGAUCAUUCGGUGGUCCAGGAUCUUGGAUGCCUGACCAUUCGUCUGCCGGCGGAGCUGCUGAAGACAUGGGGCAGUAUGUUGCUGGGCCAGGCGCUGGCUCCUCAGCGGAUAGUGAGGAGCGUUGUACUGCCUGCGGCUCGUACUUUGACGAUUGGGAGUUCUCGUCGGCUACGGAUACCGACACGGGCUCAGUUGAUGAAGGCAUCAGGGCAUACAACGCUGUUGAGGUCGAUGGUGAAAGCCGAACUGAUGCCAACUCUCGACAGAACGAGCUGUACCAGGAUUACAUUCUGGCAAGACGCAGAUGGCGGCGAUACACGGGGAAGCCUCCCCGAAGAUAUCGUAGGGUAAACUUCCGUGCCAAUCGCCACAUUGGAAAGCUGCGAAAUGGGCCCUACGGACGGACAUAUGCGGCGUUUCUGCCCCCAACUGCUUUCGCAGGUGGUAAGGGGGCGGGUAAAACCAAGGGCGGUUUUCAUCGGAAGAAUCCACGCGGUAAGGAUGGUCAAGUGCUUAAAUGCUCAAAAUGCGGGUCGGAAGAGCAUUUGUGGAGGAAGUGUCCACAGGUAAUCUCCAAGGGCGCCGGCAAAGGACAAGGGCUUGGACAAAGCAGCGCUCACCUGGCUGACUUUUCUCGGCCAGUCCCCGCGUCUCUUGCCUUGACUUCACCGCCAGCACCUCCUCGCGUCGAGACGUGGCAUACCGGUGUCGCUUCAGCUGCAUUGCCAGGAGUUGCAUUCCACUAUCAUGUUGGUAGUCAAGGUGCAGCCUCGUCAGUGGCCUCGCACGCCAGCGGCAACAGGUACAUGACGACUCUUGAAGAGGACUUAGCAAGGCUUGAAAGUGUGUCCCAAGUAAGCAGCAAUCGCUCGCGGAAGUCCAGAAGGUCAGACGUAGGACCGGACAGUCCUCCGAGAUGGAGUGCUGCUGAAACGGCACGUUCUGUUGCUGAGUCUGCCGAGGCACAAGAUGCUGACAACACCGCUGUCGAAGCUCUUCGGCCCGGUGCUCCAAGUCCCAAACAUCCUCCCCCGAACAGGCGUGGACCAAAUGCAGAUGAAAUCGAGCGCAAUCGAACCGUGGUUCAACUGAAUAGUCUUUUGAUGGCUUGGUGGGAGGCUGAUGAGGAAGGAUCAACUUACGACACAGCACCCACUGGUGAUACCAACAAUGCCAAGGCCUAUCAUUUGCGCACCAGAUUGGCCAACGACCGCCCAGGAUUGUUGAUCGAUCCUGGAGCGCAUGAUAAUCUGGUAGGCGAGCGAACCGCGCAACGCAUGCAGGAGAUUGUUGGGGUCAAAGCCAAGAGUCUGAGGAUGAAUCGUUCUCUUUCAGUGGAAGGAGUCGGCAAGGACUCUCAGCAAGCUGAUGUUGCGCAGCGCAUGGCCUUGCGUCUUUGCAGUGACGACAACAAGCAAGUAGCUGGGAGUUUCACUGCGCCGGUCAUCGCAGGUUCUGAUCUGCCGCCACUGUUGGGUCUGAAGAGUCUCAAAUCCUUUCGGUGUAUCCUCGAUAUGGGCAACAACAAGUUGUACCUUCCUGGUCCAGCUGGCUGCGAAAUUCAGCGUUGUCCUGGAACUGUGGCAUACGACUUGAAAAUGUCGGACAGUGGUCACUUGAUUCUUCCGAUAGAUGCACGGUUUGAUGUGUCUCAGAAUGCAUCGUCAAGUGACCGAAGUGGCCUGGAUUUCCAAAUGUCCUGUCGUCGCGGCGACCGCAGUGCUUCUCCUGAGCGCACGCGGGCUCGCAGCGAGAUGUGA